AUGCGGGAUGAUGUGCCUUGCUUGCCAUACCGACUGACUUCUGGCAGACGUGCCCCCUUCACCUGCGAUGCGUGGAGCUCGGCCGAGCUGCAGGCCAUUGUAUCCCAGGUCGCUGGGGUGGACCUCGUGGUCGCGUUCGACUACGAGAUCGCCAAUAUCAACAUCUCUGUCAACGAGGAUGCGUCGGCCGUUGCCACAGUCCAGGAUAAACCGGAUACUUCGGCCUUUGCAUGGCAUUACGACAGUUUCCCAUUCGUGUGCGUGGCGAUGCUGUCGGACUGCAGCCACAUGAUUGGUGGCGAGACCGCUAUCCGGAUCCCAGCUGGCGAGAUCAAGAAGAUCCGCGGGCCAGCGAUGGGCACCGCAGUGGUAAUGCAAGGCCGAUAUAUCGAGCACCAGGCGCUCAAGGCGCAGGGCGGCCGCGAGCGGAUCAGCAUGGUGAUCCCCUUCCGACCGCGGGAUCCAUCUAUCCGCGACGAGCUGGUCCUGACCGGGUCCCGGGCCAUCAGCAACUGGUCGGAGCUCUACCAUGGCUUCACGGAGUAUCGGUUGGAGCUGCUCGAGGAGCGCAUCCGCUUGAAAUUGAAGGAGGAGCGGAAGCGGGUGGAUACCAAGCGUCCGUUCAGUGUUACCGGCAUGACGGAGUUCUUGGCGGCGCAGAAGGACUUCCUGGAAGCGACGAUUGCGGAGUUGACGGAGGUCGAGGAGAUGGAUUCGUGUUGAGGGUAGAUCCUGGGAGUUCUG